AUGGUAGAGUUUGUUGUGAAAGUUUAUGCACCAUUCUGGUUUCUUGUAAAGAGCCAGCCACAAGCAAUUCAUGGAAGUAGACACGUUUUUAAGUAUAUUUGCUGGAUACGCGAACUAUCAAAUGCUGUUCAAGCCAUUAUACGUUCAGCUAUAGAAAAUAAUGCAUAUUAUUUUCACCCAGAAAAUAUAUUAUUAGCCAUGAUAACCGACGCUGAUCCAGAGAUACGUAAUGAUGGGUACGAAAAAAUCAAAACAGCACGUCAAUAUCCACCAGCAGGGCUUCGCGUGUUCAAGGUCCCAAAGCGUGGCGUAAUAAACUUUGAAAGUAAGUCGUAUGUCAGCAUGAUCGAUUGGAGUCAGUUUAAGAUUACGGAACCCCCUUGUGUGCAGUUCUACCCAGAUAGUGAACUUACAAUGUUUCAAUUUUCGGAAAAUGAAGUGAUAAAUAUCCCAGAGUUCCUCUGUCAUUCCCAGAAUACCGAACGGUUUGUGCGUGUUGUUAGUGAGUCUGCAAGUGCUGUCACUGAUGAAAAGCGCCUGGGCCACAUUUUUGCAAAAUUAGAAAGCCGAGACCAAUAUAAAAGCCUUGAUUCGCGCCAAAAUUUGCUUAAGUAGCAAUAAAUAUUGUAAGUGAAAUAACUUUUUUGUUGAUUAUUUUAGUAAUAUAGUUUGAAGGCAACAUUUUCUUGAAUUUUUAAGUA